AUGGUGCGCGUCAAAAACAGAUACCUGGUGGUCAAUUUUCUGUACCCUGCCUUUCCCAGCACACAGCCGAAGAAACAAUCCGUGCCAGAUCUCGUACAAUUCCACGCACCGACCCCAGAUGCAUUCCAUCAGGGUCACCUAAUACGGAUGAUCAGAGAAGGCAUCACCGAGCUUUUUGGUGAUUACGGAAUGGGCAUGAUGAACAACGCUCUCAAAGUCAACUACUGGUCUCCUGCAACUUCAACUGCCAUCAUUCGAUGUCCUCGCGAUCAUUUUCAGAUGGUGUGGGCCGCUUUGACCUUCGUCACCAAGCUCCCCAGGCCGGUCGACAAACCCGUUGUCAUUAAAGUGGUUAGGGUCAGCGGCACCAUCAAAAAAGCAGAAGAGGAGGUGAUUAAAGGAGCGAAUUUGAUCAUCAAGAGAGCGAAGGCUGCUGAACUCAGUUCUCAAAAUCAAAUUGUUGAAAGCGCUCUGAAGGCAGUCGAAAAGAGGAGGGAAGAAGAAAACCAAGUGUUAGCGCGGGUCGACGACGACGACGAUGAAAGCGAGAGUGACAGCGAUUGGCGAGAUGUCUUACUAGACCUAGAGGGUCUUUCUGUGACCUUCGCUUGCUACGGUUUGUUGCCAUGCAACAAAGAAGCUGUUCUGCAGGCUGAACACCGACUGGCCGGCACCUUAAAGCAACCCUUCAUCCACGGCACGGAUGCUAAGAAAAUCCAAAGACCUUCACCCGCCUUCAAACUAUUCUUCUUCUUGGGCUACGGAACUGUGGCUCAUCACACAUCUACCACCGAUCAUUCGUUGUCACCUCUGAACAUCAUGGCUUUCACGUCGUCACGUUCCAAAAAAGCUCAAUGGGAUGCCCUCGAAUCCUACAUCGAAAAAUUGACCUCAGAUGAACCCCACUCUACACAGCGUAUUCUGUUUGAGAUUAUAGACCGGUCCGUUCUACUUGCCCUUCUUACCAAGAAGCGCUCCCAGCUCGACCUUGUAUGCGCCGAAACUGUCAUGCCAUAUCCGCCAACCUACGACCACUCCAAACGUAGCCCCGGCCUUCAAUUUCCAGAUUACGACUUUGGAAUCCCGACUUCCGAACACACAUAUUCAGGACAAAAUUCAUCGUCUUUGACGAUCGCCAUACCCGCACCGUAUCCCGCUGUCCCUCAAUCCCCCACCCCUGCAGAUUUCGUCCGUAGGCCGCACAGAAACACGAUCACCGAACUCGUAUCCGCACAGCGCGCUCUCCACUCUAGAUCCGACAGCGAAACAGGUAUUGUGCAGGACAACAAGGUGUCGCCGCUCAGUCCGACGUUCGGUCCGAGGCGGGGCGAGGUUCCUUCUGGCACUGUGGCACGACGGCGCGCGAGUCUGCCUCUGAAUCAUUUCUCUCCGUCUACGGGUGCGGCUCCUAAAAGCCUCCCAGAUGGUGGAACGCGGGAUAAAGCAGAUGAGCAAGAGCAUAAUUGUGGAAAUACAGGGGCUAUCUUAGGGACUGGAGAGAAGAGAAUCAUCUGGGAAGCUGCGUGGAGGGAGAUUGAAGGGCAUUUUGAGGAGUAUGUGGGACGAUUUGGCGAGGUCGGCGACGGGCUUGGGCAGGAUGCGCACGGUGAGAAGCAGUCGUUGUGGGAUCAAAUAUCAGACUUGGUGGAAAAGAUUCGCAAGGUUCAAAGGGGUAGCAAGCCAUCAUAA